UUUAACUCGACUGUCCGAAGCCAAGCGGCCGCGUAAAUUUUGCAAAAUUUAAUAAUUUUUAAACAAAUAAUUGAAAAGACAACUUUUACUAUUACUAUUACGCAAUAAGCUCAUCGAAAAAUAUAUGUGCGACGAUUCAUAUCAAGUACGGUGACACAAAUGAAACAGAACGAGUUCCGUUGGCAUUCAAAGGUAGUCCAGACAACAGAAACAACAGAUCAAACUGUUACCGUCAUCGACAGACCUUCAGCUACCUCAAUUGCGACGACGCCAGCGAUUGCCCACAUGAUUAUGACGCCCAAAUCCAGGGCUGCAGGAGAAAAUCCAGUUGCAAGUCCGAAAUCAAUGGAACCCGACCUAGCAACCAAACGGGAUCCACAUCUAAAGCAGCUACAACGUGAUUUCAAUAGUCCCAGCGCCGCCCUACGCAUGCGCGCCAUAAGUGCACUUAAAAGUCCUACUAAAACCGCCUACAAUAAUUUCGAUGUGCCACAUGGUGAGAUUAGCAUUAUAACUGCAGAGGAGCGUAAUCCGCAGCCGCCGCCAUCGCUCUCGGAGAUAUUGAAGGAUGUCAUUGUGUACGUCGAAGUGCGCACGGGCAAUGAUAAUCGCUCCGAGGGCGUUAAGAAUAUCAUUACAAAGCUGGGCGCCCAGGCCAACGAUCGUCUGUUGCGCAAUACCACUCAUGUGGUCUUCAAGGAUGGCCUCUUGUCCACUUAUAAACGGGCACAGAGCUGGAAUAUACCAAUUGUUUCCAUCUUAUGGAUCGAGGCCUGUAAAGUGCAGCGUCGUCUAUGUGAUCCCACGCAGUUUCCCAUUAGCAAUAUACAUAUGUAUGAAUUCCCAGAGCUCUAUGGCAAAGUGUCGCGCGUACGUUGUAUGCAACCAGACUCGGAGCUUAAUAAGAGACGAAAACGUCCUGGAACGCCCACUGGCAGUAAAGAUGUAACGCCGAAGUCGUCAGCAAGGUCCUUAACUACAAGCACAGCGCAGACUAAUAUCACGCGAUUCUUCAACACUCUCAGCAAAAACAAGGAGCAAGAUGUGGGUGCAGAAUCGCCAGCUACUAAGCUGCUCAAUAGAAUAAACAACGGCUGCUUUACACCAUUUAAGAUGCAGAACAAAGCAGACACGCCAGCUCCAAAGGAGAAUGAGGAGAUUCCCAAACAUGAUGAGAUUCAUAAGGAAGCGACUUUCGUCCAAGAGCAGAGUGUGGGCAGGAAUAGCAGGCGUAGCACCUCGGUGACUGUGGAGUCCACCCAAGACAAACCGCGACCGCUGCGACAACUUCGCCGGCGUAGUUUGGCUUAUGUGUGCUCAGCACCUGAGAUUGUAGCUGAAAAACCGUCAACAGGAUCACGUUUGACACGACGACGCAGCCAAUUGAACAUAACAGAGAAAGCUAACACAGAUGAAAAGGAGUCAGAGACAGCAGCCGCAGCAGUGGCUCCACCAGUAAUCGAGCCACGAAUAACACGUCGUCGUAGCCUGCAGCUGUUAACAACUAAAACAGAUUCACAAGAGGAAAUUCUUAGUGUACGUCGUCGCAGUUUCUCCCAAAACGCUACUUUAGAGCCGAGCACGCCAAAACAGGUCAAGAAGCCGUCUCCAUUUCAAGCCAUAGCAGAGGAGCCUCAAUGCCUGGACACGGCAAUGUCCAUUGUAGAGCCAACGCCACCGCCCAACAAAACAAACUAUGUGCAAGAAACAAUGGAAAUAAGCUCAUCCCACGCGCUUACAAUUGGACGAGCUCGUGAACGUCGUACUUUAUAUACCGUAGAGCAAAUGCAGAUUAGCGAUGUCAAUAAUGAAAACAGAAAUCCGUAUUUGGAAGAUAUAUUUGUAAAUUCGCCAAUGAAUGUAAACACACAAACAUCGCUGAACAGCUUCGACGGGCACACACCUGUGCCGGUGUUUAGCUCCACUCGUUUGCCAGGCAGCGAGAAGAGCUCAACCUCGAAUCGUCGUCGCACGCUGUUCAAUGUGGACAUGGAUCACAUUAAUGAGCGCAUCAAUUCAAUUAAUAGCAAAUCGCAGCGACGAUCGCUGGCACUAGCCAAUCAAGCGGAGCUGGGAGAGAGCUGUGCACUUGCUACACCACCACCGCCACCAGCACCAGCACCACCACUGCAGGCAGUGGCCUUGAAUACGCCGUCAACACCCAAGGAUCAACAGUCCACAGAGCCCAAGAUGCGUCGACUCUUUACGCCAAAUGAAUCAAUUAUGUUAGCAUCGUCAUCGUCUAGCACCAAAUCUCGUCCGAGCAAGAAUAGCAGCAGUGCCUCCACGCACACGGUGAAGAGACGACGCACCAUGGGAUCGCUGAAACCAACGGCAGCAGUUGGCCCCAAUGUGCAAAAGAAAUACGAAAAGCCGAAAAACACUGGUUCGAAGGAUGUAUUUGUGACGCCAUUCGAUUCAGAUGCCACUAAUGAGAGUGCAUCCGAGUCGCAUGGCGAUUGUGUGACGUCUGGAGCAAAGCGUAAAAUCGUACAUACGCUAGUGCACACGAACAUGCACAAGGAGCAGGUGCAAAUCAUCCAUAAGGCCAUACGCAAGCUCCGUGGCAUGCGUCUGGAUCCCACAGUGACCAAGCGAACGACCCAUUUGGUUAGUCUGGAGCCGAGGAGAACGUUAAAUCUAUUGCGUGGUUUGAUGCGAGGCGUUUGGAUUGUUAACUUCAAGUGGAUAAUCGAUUCGGUUCAUGCUGGCAAAUGGCUGAAAGAAGAGAAAUAUGAACUGAGUUCAUUCUCACGGGCCGUUGAGAUUUGCCGCGCGGAACGUCAAGCCUUCGGCUCAUCUUAUCGCUGCGAACUAUUCCGUUUUAUGGAGGUUUUCUACGUGUCCUCGCUGUGUCGACCCAUCACAUUCAACAAUAUCAAGGAGCUGCUGCUUUUGGGUGGUGCCAAGCUGACCGAGAAUCGCUACAAGGCCAAAUUUAUUGUGGGUGACAAGAGACGCGCGGAGGAUGAUCGCAUCUACCUGUCGCCACUGUGGGUGCUGGAUAGCAUAUCGGCAAUGCAGGUGCAAAGGUUUGGCAAGUAUCUGAUGAAAAGUGCCAUUGUGACGCCGUUUGGCAUACGCUACGAGGACCCGGUGCCGGACCCGGAGGACCAACUGCCGCAGUACCACCAAUAUCAUCAAACACGGCAACAUGCCAAGCCCUGCUUCAAGGACCCAGCUCUGGUGCUCAGCAAAUAGCAUUACGUGUCCUGCUUUACCAUAUACAUAAUUGCACUGAAGGUUUUGACCCCAACCAGGUUUCCUCCUUUUAAUCGUUUCAUUCGUCAAGAAUUGUAUAUAUUUGAAAUUAUAUAUUUAACAUACUCAAAUUAAAGACAAGUUGUGUUCCAAGUUGCAAAUAUAA